AGUUGAUGCGCGACCGCAGCUGCAGACUGACUUCGAAUCAAACGCGAUAACGAGUUUUCCAUCAUGACUUCAGUGUACUUAGCGUUGAUUCUAUUUGGCUUAGUUAUUUUUCACGCAUGGAUCCGUUAUCGUCGUAUGGGCAGGAUCAUCGACAAAAUGCCAGGAAUGCGACCUUUGCCAUUCCUCGGAAAUAUGUUAAGUUUGAUGGGUGACAAAGAUCAAUUAUGGAAUAUCAUGCGUAGCCUUGCCAAAGAAUACGCCAUAACAAGAAUAUGGUUUUUCACGCGUGCGUGGGUGGCCGUUCGUGAUCCAGAUGACAUAGAGAUACUACUUACGAACAAAGCUAAUUUAAAUAAAAGAGCCGUAUACGAGCUAGCCUUAAAAUGGCUGGAGACAGGUCUUCUCACAAGUGGUGGUGAGAAAUGGGUUCACCGUCGGAAAAUUGUAAAUACCGGCUUCCACUUCAACAUCAUGAAAAAAUACGUCAAGAUUUCAGGCGAACAUGCCGAGAAAUUCAUAGAGAAAAUUAAAUCGCACGGCGAUGAAUACGUUCUGGACCUUGUGCCGCUCUUUUCGGAUCUGACGUUACAAAUUAUUUGUGAAUCAGCAUUCGGCGUUGAUCUCAACAAAUUAGACCAGAAACUGGUUCAGCAGUACAAGGGAGCACUUCAUGUCAUGUAUGAUAUGGUUAUCUACAGAUCAACAAGACCAUACAUCAGAGAUUGGAUGAUGAAUUUUUUACCCAUCGGCUGGAAACAGAAUCGCGCUAUCAACAUACUUCAUAAUUUUACUAACAAGGUAAUUCAAGAACGGAGAGAGUACUACAACAAGCAUGCCUCAGAAAAUCGGUCGUAUCAAAGUUUCGUGGAUGAUGUUGAUAUCGAAAGCGAUUACGUUGCUGACGGACGUAAAAAAAGGCUGGUCAUGCUCGACGUGUUGUUAUCAGCAGAAAGAGAAGGCCUCAUUGACGCAAAAGGUGUCAGAGAAGAGGUGGACAUAUUUACGGUCGCUGGUCACGAUACAACCGCGGUUACAAUGGCAUUUAUGAUGAUGUUGUUAGCUGAAAAUCCUGAAAUACAGGAUCGAGCAAGAGCGGAAGUUAUAAACCACUUUGAAGAAAACGGAGGCAAACUAAAUAUCACGGAAAUUCAAAAGUUUGAAUACUUGGAUCGAUGCAUCAAAGAAACUCUACGGCUGUAUCCACCUAUUUCACAAUUCGUACGUUACAUGGACAAAGACAUUCAACUAAAGAAGUACCUGAUUCCCGCUGGAGUUGAUGUGCUAUUCUUGACUUAUGAUACUCAAAGGGAUCCUAGACACUGGACAGAACCAGAUAAGUUCGAUCCAGACAGAUUCUUGCCGGAAAAUGCAAAAAAACGCCAUCCAUUUGCAUAUAUACCAUUCAGCGCUGGUCUUCGCAGCUGCAUUGGCCAGAAAUUUGCAAUGCUCGAACUAAAGGCAAUGCUUGCUCACAUUUUAUACAACUUUUACGUCAAGCCUGUUGAUCUCACGGCAAAUAUGAAACUCGAAACGUAUAUUGUGUUGCAACCUUCUCAUCCGGUUCACGUGAAAUUCAUCAGAAGAAAUGUUAACUGAUGCAAAAUUAAUUACAAAAACAAAAAUACAAGCAUCGAAUUCACCAUUUUUGGAUCUAUAAUACGACGAGUCUGUGGAUAUUGAAGAAGUUUUUUUACCAAGUAUAUUACGUUAAAUUUAUUUAGUAGUAAUUAGUAUUACUUUGGAAAGUCUUAGGAUACAAAAUAUUAAUUGAGUGUAGAUAUAGUAUUUUCAAGGAAUAGGAUUUAAACAGAAUAAAAACUCAAUGAAUACGUUAGGAAAUAAAUUUUAAUCCUAGCAUAGUUUGCUUAUUACUACAUUUCAAUUGUACAUCUUACAUAUUAUUAAAAUAAAUCAAAAGUAUCAGGAU